AUAUGUGAUUAGACACCGAAAUGUCCCAGACAUAUGCCGGUCUUGUAUGACUUUUACACUCUUACUCUAGAGGCAUGCCCUUAUCACUGAAGGAAUGUCCGCUCUCCGUUCACACACUUACUAAAUGUAUACAUGCCGCGGUUCAAUGCUCCUUUGGAUACUGCAUAUUAAAAGGUAAAGAGGCUCCAGCAACACUAUGUGCAGUAAAUUAAACAGUUACAGCAAAGUUACAACCCGGUCUUGUAUGACUUUUACUCAUUGCCGGAAAAAAAUAUUUUAGAUGAUAUACAAUAGUAACUGGUGCAAUUCUGAUUUCCUGUUCAAUCAUGAACGUAAAGGGAACUAGAAGGGUAAUUUUCUUUCAAAUUGCUUGAAGUCGAUAAUGUUAAACCAAUAUUACUGCAAAAACGACUGUAUGAAGACAUUGAAAUAACAUACUUUAUUGAUACAAAAGCAAAACUAAUCCUUAGCCAACCAAAAAAAGGGUAAAUACAUACAGAAUAUAUAAACAAAUAAAUAAUGGAGAUUCAGAAACACAUUUUGGGCAAUAAAUGUGCAUAUAUAACCUUUUUUAUAAAGAACAGCAUGAGGGGUUGGAGAUGUCCAAUAAUGAUUGUUUGUCAGUAUAAGCUAUGGAGACAUCGUGUCUGUUCUUACUUGAGGGAACAUGAGGGUUGUACCGCUCGGAGCGUGGAGGUGGCAGAGAGCAGGCGGGAGGGAGGAAGAGGGAAAGCAACAGCACACCACCAGACGAGGACUACUUGGUACACGACUGCUGAGAACUCUUUGCUCUCGCUGAAAGGUGAAGCAGAAGGCAUGAACCAGUCAAGAGAGUUCAGCUUUGUGUUUUCCUGCAAUGUCAGCCCAAGUACCGAACUCGACAUCGGAGUCACCCAGAGUGAGCCAUUGGCCGUUGCUGUUCCCAUGACGAUAUUCUACAGUACCAUCUUCUUGCUCGGAGUGUUCUUCAACGGUUUGAGCCUACUGACUCUGGUUGUGGACUCUCAUAUGAGGACCAGUGCUAUCCGUCUCUAUCUCAUCAGCCUGGUCGUGUCUGACAUCCUCCAGCUGCUGACGGUGCCGGUGACGGUGUACCGCUACUACUGGGAGAGCUACCCAUGGAGGCUGGGCCACGUCCUCUGCAAGGCCUACUUCAUGAUGCGGCAGAUGUACUGCGCCAGCACCAGCUGGGUCAUCACGGCCUUCACCGCGGAGCGCUACGCCGCUAUCUGCCACACCAUGUGGUCCGUGUCCAGCCUCAAGUCCCGCCGGCCGUGUCUGCUGUGGGUGUGGAUCAUCUCCCUGCUGUCGGCCGUGCCCUUCGCCCUGGUGUACGGCCAGGCUCGCGUCUGCAUCCUCAACUACACGGCGGCCACGCCCGAGGACGCCCUGCACGUCUCCACCAUGUGUGAGAUGAGGGAGCCCGACCCCGCCCACAUCUACAAGGGAGCCCUGCUACUCAGAGCCAGCCUCUUCUUCCUGGUUCCACUGGUGGUGAUCUCCACCCUGUACCUGCUGAUCCUGCUUCACCUGAGGAGGAACAGCCGUCAGAGGAAGACCCUGGGCCUCACCCAGACCGACCGGGAGGCCAGCAGAGGCGUGCAGUGUCAUAAGAACGGAAAGUUACUCUCCAAUGAGAAGAGGGCUCUAAGGCUCAUGGGCGCUGUGUUGGUGGCGUUCUUCGUCUGUAACUUCCCGGACAUGGCCUCGUCGCUCAUGCAGGUGUACGUGGAGGUGUGGUCCGACCGGGUCCUCUCCGUCUACACGGUGCUCAAGUCCUACCUGGCGCUGCCGCUGUGGUACAUCAACAGCGCCCUGGACCCGCUGCUCUUCUGCAUCUCCUCCUGCACCUUCCGCCGGGCCUGCCUGCGGACGCUGCGCCGCCUGCGCCCCCGCUGCCCCCGCCCCCCCGCCCGGGGCCGGGGGGGCGAGGGCAGCGGGGCCGGCCUGGGGCAGAGGAGCUCCAGCGGGGGGGGCGGGAGCGCCACGGGCCGAGAGAGGAGCGAGGGUGUGUGUUCUGGAGAGAGGCAGCUCAGCGCGGGCUAUGGGGCCCACGCACGUCGAGGCCCUGGCGAGGGGGGGGCGGAGGAGGUGAUGCUGUGAGGAGGUGGGGUCGUCGUCGUCCCCCCCAGCUGAGGGGGUGAUGCUGUGAGGAGGUGGGGUCCCCCCCCCCAGCUGAGGGGGUGAUGCUGUGAGGAGGUGGGGUCGUCGUCGUCGUCCCCAGCUGAGGGGGUGAUGCUGUGAGGAGAUGCCCCCCCCCCCCCCCCCCCCCUAGCUGGUGUUGUAGUUUGCUGCUGAUGGCCUGGCUGGAUGCCCCCCCCCCCGGUGUUGUAGUUUGCUGCUGAAGGCCUGG